AUGGACAUCUCCGUCAUCCAGCUCAGCUCACAUACAAGCUGCAUCGCUUCUGGCCUUCUGCAUGUCCCACGCCUGCAGACCAGGCGGGGCGCAGGCGGCCCUCGGAUGGCGGCCGCACCCGGUUCUGUUCUAUUGGACAGCCUCCUAGAGACGACCUAUGGCCUAGCAGUGCUUCGCACAUCAGAUGACACACGCACUCGCCUUACUUCGGGAGGCCAUUGUGUCGAGGUAUAUCCGCGAGCUUUAAGAUGGUGCUGCGGUCGAUUCGGAUCCCCUCCUCCUUCCUCAGCUCUCUUGUCCGGUCUCAAGCCUCUCGUCCGGUCGACGGGCUGGGUGGAUAGAGUUCAUGACGGGUCAAUUCCCAUCGCCUACCUCUCCAUCCACAUUCAUUUCGCCCACUCUGGAGUCCUCCUCGUCGUCCCAUCGUCAAACACAUUGAACGCGUCGGGCACUACCACUCGAUCGGAGGCUCCGAGCACUACGACCUGGCCGGCUGCUCCGGGCGAGGAAUCCAGCGGCGUGUCAGCCACUGUCACGGCAACAAGCGGGCCCGCGUCAGGCGAUAGUGCUUCCACGCGGAGUGACGGUACGGCCACAAGCACGGGUGCCAGUGCUUCCACAAGCGCCUCCCCCACAUCAACCUCCGCCUCCGAGAUCAUAACGACCUCCGCCCUAUCGACGGACUCCUCUAGUACCUCUGGCUCCCUCGCAAGCUCUGCCAUUCAGUCGACGAUCAUAGCAGGAUCAUCCGACCCCGGAUCCUCGUUGACCGAGGUUUUGGCGAGUACGUCUAUAAGUGAGAGCACGUUCGCCUCAACACGCGUGGUGUACCCUUCCUCUCCACCCUCUGCGCCUGCAUCCCUCACGACGGCCCCGCUUUCGACCACGGCGCCGAGUCCAUCAAGCCUGGUUGCGUUCGCCAAAACCGAGGAGAGCUCGUCUGCUUCAGGAAAAAGCAGCGCAUCGACCUCCGAAGAUAGUAGCUCGACCACGGCCUCUGCUCCGCCGCCCGAGAUGCCAUCCGAUACUGCGUCCGAGCCCGAGUCGUCGUCGACCGAGUCCGUCACCUCGACGGAGUCGGAGGAGCCUGCCUCGACUUCGACAGAGGCUCCUUCGACUACUGCAGAGUCGACGAGCGGCAACUCAGAGCCUACGAGCACAGACUCAGAGCCCACGAGCGACAGUACAUCGAGCUCAGAACCCACGAGCAAUUCCAACGAGGCUACCAGCACCACCGAUGAGGCGAAAACGACUGCAUCGAGUUCCGCAUCAUCAUCUCCGGAGACCGUAGCUGGUAAGGAGCAGGUCACGAACACUUCUUCUGCGGACAAUGAGUCCAGCUCUGCCACCGAGUCUAGCUCUACCACUGCGUCUGCAACAUUGGAGUCAACGCCAGCCUCUGACAGCGAUUCAGGAGCCUCGGAAACCGGCACGGCAGAAAAGGCGGAGAAGACGGUCACCUCGAUGGUUGAUACGACGGUGUCUGGGCAUUCCUCCUCCGCCACCGCCACGCGCACCAUCACCGACGCCCCAGACAGCACGCUCUCGCAGGUCCUCUCAGUCACUUCAACGUUCACGAAUGCCCAAGGCCGCCUCGUCACCACCGUCGAUACUCCCAGCGUCAUCACCAUCACCAGCACGUCUACGGGUGAGGAUGGCGGUUUCGUCUACUCUACGCACGUUGUGGCGAACCCGACGGGCUUUGGAGGGUCGGGUGCAAUCAGUGAAAAGGGCUUCUUCCACAACACCGGCGCCGUCGCGGGCACCUUCACCGUUGUCGGCCUCGUCGCGGCCGCGGCCGCCUUCCUCCUCUUCUGGCUCUGCCGCAAGCGCAGGCGCGUUCAAAGGCGCCGCCGGUGGAUGGCCACCGUUGACCAGCCACCGUACACGCCGAACGACAGGCUGCCGUAUGGCACGUCGAACCCCAACAGCCCCUUCGAGGACCCGGCGCCGCAGACGGAGGAGGUGCUGCCACCGUUGACGCCGCUUACUGCGUCGCGGGCUGCCAGUGUGCGGUUCACUGACGAGGGACCUAGCCGCCCGAAUCCGAGCCCGCUACUCCCAGGACCACCGCCGUUCGUGAGGCCCCCGUAUGUGAACCCGGGCCAGCGCAUGACCGACCUGGAGCGCUCCGAGGGCUCGCCGUUCGAGGACCCACCGGUAACGCAGAUGGUGUCGGUCCCACAGAUGGUGUCGGUUCAACCGUUGAACGUGACGCCGCGCUAUGCACACGUCCCGCAAGCAGAGUCGGAGAACAACUCGCUGGCGCCCUCGAGCCCGUCGAUCUACCCUGACAGUCUGUCUCCCGAGGACGAUGAGCAUCACGACUCAGGCGCAGAAGGGCAGGGAUAUGGGAACCCCUUCGACGACCAGCCAAAGAUAUUGUCGUAUGUCGUCCAAGCGCCACCACGCCCUGCGCGUUCGCACCUCAGGCGCGAGUCGUCGAAGAUUAUGUCGACGCCCUUGCCUUUGACUCCGCCGGAUUCGAUGAACGGACAUUCGCCCUCUGCGUCGCCAGAUCAUUCGCAGCAGCCUCGAAUCCAUGCACAGAAUAGAUCGCCACCUUUCUAA